CAAGCGAAAGGAGAAUCCCAAAAAUGACAUCCAGCUUUCCAGAGGAAAACCGCGGCGUUUAGAGACGCUCUCCUGAAGUUUCCUUCCUCACAUUAUCGCGGAUUACAGCUCAUUCUUCAGAUAUGUAGUCAGUAGACUUUGGAAAUGUGUAUCUAAUACAGAAGGACAGUGUUUUUCCACACAACCGUUAUUUACGCGCCUCUGAUUGCAAACUCCUGAUCACCUCAGCUUCAAAUCGGACAUGUGUGAUUUAAUGCCAGCGGCUCAACCGGCCGAAAAAAUCGGCAAAAUGAAGAAAUUAAGAAGAACUUUGUCGGAGAGCUUCAGUCGCAUCGCCUUCAAGAAAGAAGACAGCGGCUUUGACGAGAUAUGUGUCACCAAGAUGUCCACUCGCAGCUGCCAGGGAUCCGACUCGGUCAUCAAGCCCCUGGACACCAUCCCUGAGGACAGGAAGGUGCGUGUGCAGCGGACGCAGAGCGGCUUCGAUCCCUUCGAGAAACCGGCUGGUCAGGUGAAGCGCGUGCAUUCGGAGAACAACGCCUGCAUCAACGCCAAGAGCUCGUCCUCCGGGAAAGAGUCGCCCAAACUCCGCCGUCACUCCAGUCCCAGCUCCCCCACGAGCCCAAAGUUCGGGAAGGCAGAUUCUUACGAGAAGCUAGAGAAGCUCGGUGAGGGAUCCUACGCCACCGUCUACAAAGGGAAGAGCAAGGUGAACGGGAAGCUGGUUGCAUUGAAAGUGAUUCGUCUGCAGGAGGAAGAAGGAACACCGUUCACUGCCAUCAGAGAGGCGUCUCUGCUGAAAGGCCUGAAACACUCCAACAUUGUGCUGCUCCACGACAUCAUUCACACCAAGGAAACCCUGACGCUGGUCUUUGAGUAUGUGCACACAGAUCUGUGUCAGUACAUGGACAAACAUCCCGGCGGCCUCCAUCCGGACAACGUCAGGCUGUUCCUGUUCCAGUUACUGAGGGGUUUGUCUUACAUCCAUCAGCGCUACAUCCUUCACCGGGACCUGAAACCACAAAACCUGCUCAUCAGCGACACCGGAGAACUCAAACUCGCCGACUUCGGUCUGGCCCGUGCAAAGUCGGUCCCCAGCCACACGUACUCUAAUGAGGUGGUGACACUCUGGUAUCGUCCUCCAGACGUGCUGCUUGGAUCCACAGACUACUCCACCUGUCUGGACAUGUGGGGUGUCGGAUGCAUCUUUGUGGAAAUGAUCCAGGGAGUGGCGGCAUUCCCGGGCAUGAAGGACAUUCAGGAUCAGCUGGAGAGGAUAUUUCUGGUUUUGGGGACGCCGUCAGAGGACACGUGGCCAGGUGUUCACUCUCUCCCGCACUUCAAACCAGAUCGAUUCACUGUCUACAGUCCCAAGAAACUCAGACAAGCCUGGAAUAAGCUGGGUUAUGUAGAUCAUGCUGAAGAACUGGCUUCCAGAUUUCUCCAGUGCUUCCCAAAGAACCGUCUCUCGGCCCAGGCGGCGCUUCAUCACGAAUACUUCAGCCAUCUGCCCCCGAGACUCUGGGAGCUGCCUGACAUGUCUUCAAUCUUCACCGUUCCCACCGUUAAGUUACAGCCUGAAUCUGGCGACAGCAUCCAGGUGUGCAGUAAGACCAACAGUCACGGCAAAGCGACGUCAAACAGCAAACACUGACCCGGACGAGCCGCCGCCGGGAGCCAAAACAGGUUGGCACUGUCAGCCGUCAAGAUGGGAAAAGGACAAAGAGGAGAAGGAGACGGGAACGACUCUUCAUGUUUAUUUAAAUUAUUUCAUUUCCGGCCGGUGUGACCUUCCACGUGGGACUGAGAGCAAUUCAGUCAGAUCUGAGUUUUACCAUCAGGAAUGUUGUGUAACAUUCCCACAUCGACGGCAUGUGAGCCACGUCCGGUUACAUCGGGCUCCAAAAGGCAAUUAAUACGAACUGUUUGUGUAUGUAGCUACCUAUGUACGAAUGUUUGUACAGUUAAAUACGUGUCUAUCUAAGAGAACAAACCAAAUGCCCUCCCGCGUACAAUCACGCAUUAACGAGACCAAGCUGGCAUUUCGCAUUUCCUGAAAUCUUCCACAUCGUUGGCUAUGAUACGGUCCAGCUGCGCUCCCAAUAAACGUGACAAUAAUUCCCACAGUAAUAACUAGGGAUGCACCGAUGUAUCGAACAAUAAUCGGUAUCAGCCGAUAAUUAUCUGCACUAUCAGCCAUCAACCGAUUAUUUCGAAUCAGCUGAUGACCGGGCCGAUUUUCUGUCAAUCAAAAGGGGGUGGAAUAAAACGUCAGACAGCAACUUGUCUUGUGUCGAAUUUAGCACUGUCCAAGUUAAAGCAAUAAUGAUGCAUUAACACACCGCCGUCAACACAGGUUCUAUUUUGACCCUGUGAGCUUAUGUACUGGUAAUUAUAUGUUUUUUGAAUAAAUCUGUCAUGAAGACCAGUUUUUAUGAAAACCGCAUUAUGUGCAAUUAAAUGUAUACAAACGUUAUUAUAUCUGCAAAUAAAUAGCAUUAAAUAUAGUUUUGCAGUUCAUUUUAACCUCUAAUAUUAUGUACCAAAUGAGAGGCUCCCUGUAUAGUUUACAGCAUUAGUUGGGAGAAGUUUUUUUUUAAUAAAACUAAAUGAUUUGUAUCAGCAGAUAUCAUUCUGAAAAAUCUGUUAUCGGUAUUGGUAUCGGCUGAUAUCAUUCCAGAUAAUUGGUUAUCGUUAUUGGUAGAAUUGGUAGAUAGAAUUCCGGAUAACCGGUUAUUGGUAUCGGUAUAAGCAGAUAUCAUUCCGAAUAAUUGGCUAUCGGUAUUGGUAUCGACAGAUAGCAUUCUGAAUAAUCGGUUAUCGGUAUUGGUAUCAGCAGAUAUCAUUCAGAAUAAUUGGCUAUCGGUAUUGGUAUCGGCUGAUAUCAUUCCAAAUAAUUGGUUAUCGGUAUUGGUAUCAACAGAUAGAAUUCUGGAUAAUCGGUUAUCGGUAUUGGUAUAAGCAGAUAUCAUUCCGAAUAGUUGGCUAUCGGUAUUGGUAUCAACAGAUAGAAUUCCGAAUAAUCGGUUAUCGGUAUUGGUAUCGGUUAUUGGAGUCCCCAGAUAUCAUCAUGAAUAAUCAGCUAUUGGUAUCAGCAGAUGUCAUGAAUAAUCGGUAAUGGCAGAUGUCACUCUGAAUAACUGGCUAUUGCAUCAGCUAAGAAAUUAAUAUCGGUGCAUCCCUAGUAAUAACACUAAUCGCACUGACGAUGCGGUUGCAGCCAGACGGUGCACAUUCACUCACUGCAGGGACUGCACUAAAGCAAUGAACACCAUCACUAACGGCAGGUUACUGCGAGUCUCGUGUACGUCCGUGUGCGUUUACAUGUGCGUUGAGUGUUAAAUACAGGCAAUACGCUUGCACUGGUGCUACUGUGCAUGAGAAAGAAAUUCACUCGUCCACGUUUAGAAACGAAUCUGUUUUCGCCGUUCCGUCCGAAGGCCCAUGACAAUCUUAGAACAAAUUGCACUCGCUAACUGAUCAUUAAAACGGCCCAAACUUUACUUUGAACUGUUAGAGGAUGUUCACACAAAACGUGCUGUUUUUUAUUUUAAUGUUUGUCUGCUAGAUGUAUUUUUACAUUACGUUUAUGCAUUAUGCUUUUAACCAACUUAAACCGAAAUUUUAAAUUUAAACCGAAUUGGGUUCAAUAGAAAUCACCAAAAAAUCAUUCUGUGAAACAAAAUUUGAAUAUUAUUAAUAGUUUUUUUUUUAAUUGUAAAUUAAACUUUUUUUUUUUUUUUUUUUUUUUUUUACAAAAUGUGAAAAUUAUAAAUGGUGUUUUUUCACAUUUUCUUUAACAUUUAAAAUGUAUUUUUUAUUUUAUUUUUUUAUUUAUUUUUUGUAAGCUUAAACUUUAGAAGCAACUGCAAGAUCAUAGGUUUGACUUCCAGCAAAAUUCAUAUGCAUGAACUCUCUGCCAAAUGCAUAAUAAAUGCAAAUAUCAAACAAAACCCACAUUUACUUAUAUUUUAUUUUUAUUUUGAGUCUGAGCACCUGCCUUUAACCACUAAAUGAGUUUAAACUGAAAUGGGUCAAACUAAAAAGUUCCAUUUGAAAUAAAAAAAAAUGUUUUGCAUGCAUGUUCAUGACGCUAAAUGAGAAAUAGUCACAUCAAAAAUGUAUUGUGGGUCAAAAUGACCCAGAACAUAAAAGAAGAGUAAAAUAAAGGCUCAAUUUUGCGUUCAAAUUUUCUAGCUAUUUAUAAAUGCAAGAAUGCAUUGUGUGUGAACAGUCCUUUACCAUUUCAAACUGAAGUGUUGUUGAUGAACUUCAUGCAUUUCUCAAACAUCUUUUCGAGAUGAAAGAGGUUGGCCUGAAGAACCUUCCCAAAGUGCACUACUCUCUGAAUACUGACACUGCUUCUCCUGUUUAUGUCCAUCCAUUUGGUUUCAGUACAUAAUAAUAUAAUCUCCAUCCGGGUACGGUAUUUUCUCUUUCUGUCAGUAUGUUGUAAAGUACCAACUAAUUUUGUUCAAUAUAAGUGCAAGAGCUAAUUAAACAAUAGCAAUGUUUGGCUCUGCACUGUUAACAUGAAUUGAAAGUAGAAGUAAAAUAAGUUCAAAUUUGUACAGUAAACACCUGUUUAGCAACGGAUUAUUUAAUAAAUCAGCAGCGAAUGGAAUGUGUACAGACGUGCAUGACGUCCAGUGACACAUCACGCCUUUGCAAUUAUUAUACGGUACAAAUCCAAACAUGAUCCGUUUUGAUGACAUUAUUCAUUUUUGUGCAAAAUGAACUUGUUGAUUCAGCUUUAGUCACAACGGUGUGACUGAUGGUCCGAGGACUAGUUCAAGAGCAAUGACAUUUCUGGAAUUUAAAAGGUCGACGCUUACCGCGAAUGCACUUUUCAACACGUUUGCGCAACAUUCCAGCUUAUAAGGUCCUGGUUUGCACCUGUAAAUUCGAUCAGGCCACGUACACACUGCAUAAGCUGAUUGUCACUCGUAAUUCUGAAUUUGAGAUGGAUGGUUUAGUGAUAAUCAUAGCAAUUUCAUUGCAACAUUUGGACGUUUCAUAAAUUAGAAACAUGAUUACUAGCAGUCUAACCUGUUUCUGUGUGCUGUUUCUAACUAAAGAAAUGUUAGAAAAUGAAGACAGCACCCAUUUCACUUAUUAUGCAAAUUAAAUAACAGUAAACAUGCACUAAAAUACAGCAAACGAAAGUGGUGCAAAUGAGUGAAUUCAGUAAAUACACUGCAAAAAAAUUGUUGUCUUGUUUUCCAGUGCAAAUAUUGACACAUUUUUAAAUCAAGACACAAUUAUUUAAGAUACAUAAAGAUCAUGAAAUAUCGUUUUCUGAAGAAAUGAUCAAAAUUGUGUGUGGUUUUCUGCUUAAAAUGAAGAAAAAAGUCAAUGAGGUCAAAAAAUAAACUUGUUUUCCCCUUGAAUUAGGUUUUUUUUCUUACUAAAAGGCAAUUGCAACUUUUUCGCAAUUCUUAAUUUUUAUAUUGCAUAAUUCAUAAUUUUUCUUGCAAUUCUGAGAAGAAAAAUGUCAAAAUUGCAAGAUAUGAACUAUAAUAGUAUAUAGUAUAAUUCUGAGUUUAUAUCUUUGUGAGAUAAAAAUGUGCUAUUACCUUUUUUAUCUUUUUAUUCUAUGAUGGAAACAAGCUUUCAUAAUUAUUUCUUAACUUUGAUUAUUUUUUCAGGAAACAAGACUCAAGUAUCUUAGUAAUUUUGGAAAAUAAAAGACAAAAAUACUGAGUAAAAAAAGGAUUGUUUUGCAGUGUAUGUGAAUACACCCGUAUCAAUCUGCAGUGUGAACGUGGCUUUUAUUCAACUAACCAGUUUCUACAUACAUAUUCUCAGAAAUGAAGAGACUGUUUAAAUGUUGCGACUAUGAAGAGAGCUGCGAUUCUGUCAAAAAGCAGCGUGAUGGAGCCGCAUUAUUGCCUGGCUUUAAAGGACUCCAGCCAGUAUUAGCAGCCCAAUAAUUAUUUUCAUGCGACGUGAAUCAUGUGAGAGCUCCUCCUGCCUUUGUGGAGGUGCAGCUUUACAUGCAACAUGCUGUAAUUUAUCGCCACUUUAAGGUAUGUAGAGUCUCCUUUUUUGCAAGAAAAAGGGAUGGAGAAAAGUAAUAAUAAACAAUUAUUGCACAUUUAGCACUGUGACGAACACACAAAAAAGAAGAGACAUCAUGUUUGCAUAAUCAUUGGCGCUCGCUUCAAACUUCGUUAUUUGCUGAAGCCCGUUUCCGCCACUGAAGAAAAAAAUAAAACAAGGUCAUUGUGACUUUUUAACUCAAACAAGACUUUUUUUCUGGCAACUGCAAGUUUACAUUUAGCAAUUUAGACUUUUUUCUCACAAUUGUGAGUUUAUAUCUCUUUUUUUUUUUCUUGCAAUUCUGACUUGUUUUCUCAGAAUUGAGAUAUAAACUCGCAAUUGCGCGUUAUAAAGUCCAAUUCUGAAGGGAAAAAAUAUUUUCUUAAAAUUGCAAAUUUAUCUCGUAAUUCUGAGAAAAAAAGUCAGAAUUGUGAGUUUCUAUAUUUAUUUCUCAGAAUUACAAGUCUGUUUUUCGCAGUUUCAACUUUGUUCUUGUGGUUGCAAGUUUAUAUUGCAAUUCUGACUUUAGAACUUGCAAUUAUGAUUUAAAAAGUCAGAAUUGUCAGUAUACAUUUGCAAUUAUGACUAUUUCUCAGAAUUGUGUUUUUUUUUUCUUUAGAAUUGUUUAAAUCUCGCAAUUCUGAUUUUUUUCUUGCAAUUUUGACUUUAUAACAUGCAAUUGCGAGUUUCAGACUUGGUUAUUUGUGGAAGCCCGUUUUUGCCACUGAAAAAAAAAUAAUAAAACAAGGUCAUUGCGACUUUUUAGCUAAAAAUUCUGACUAUCUGGCAACUGCAAGUUUAUAUCUAGCAAUUCUGACUUUUUUCUUACAAUUGUGAGUUUAUAUCAGUUUUUUUUCUUGCAAUUCUGACGACUUUUCUCAAAAUUGAGAUACAAACUUGCAAUUGUGAGUUCUAAAAUCCAAUUCUGAGGGGAAAAAAGACUAUUUCCUUAAAAUUGAGUUUAUCGCGCAAUUUUAACUUUUUCCUCGCGGUUGCACAUUUAUAUCGCAGCUCUGACUUUAGAAAUUCCAGUUGUGAGUUUUUCGUAAAAUUUCAAGUUUAUCUCGCAAUUCCUACUAUUUCUUGCAGUUCUGACUGUAUAACACCCAAUUGUGAGUUUAUAUUUGGCAGUUCUAAGAAAAAAGUCAGAAUUGCGAGUUUGUAUCUCGUAAUUUCAACUUUGUUCUUGUGGUUGCAAGUAUAUAUCGCAAUUUUGACUUUAUAACUUGCAAUUGUGAGGUUUUUAUCUAGCAAUUAUGUUUUUAAAAAGUCAGAAUUGUCAGUAUACAUCUUACUUACAGUUUUUCCUUGCAAUUUUGACUUUAUAACAUAAACGUGAGUGUAUAUCUUGCAAUUUUGAUAAAAGAAAAAUCAGAAUUGCGAGUUUAUAUUUCACAAUAUUCUGGCUUUUUCUCGCAAUUGUGAGUUUAAAUCUUAAUUUUUUUCUUGCAACUCUGACUUUUCUCAGAAUUGAGAUAUAAACUUGCAAUUACAAAUUCAGUUCUGAGGGAAAAAAAAGACUAUUAUCUACUUUUUCUUGCAAUUCUGACUGCAACAUCCAAUUGCGAAUUUAUAUCUGGCAAUUCUGAGAAAAAUUGCGAGUUUGUAUCUUGUAAUUUUAAUUUUUUUGUGGUUGCAAGACUUUAUAAAUUGCAAUUUUGAGUUUAUAUUUUGCAAUUAUGAUUUUAAAGUCAGAAUUGUCAGUAUACAUCUUGCAACAUCUUAUGACUUUAUUUCUCAGAUUUGUGAUUUUUUUUUUUUUCCCUCAGAAUUGCAAUUCUGAAUUUUUUCUUGCAAUUUUGACUUUAUAACAUGCAAUUGUGAGUGUAUAUCUCAAGUUUAUAUCUCACAAUUCUAACUAAAUUCUGGCUAAAUUCUGGCUUUUUCUUGCAAUUGUGAGAAUCUUAAUUGCACGUUAUAAAGUCCAAUUCGGAGGGCAAAAAACUAUUAUCCUACUUUUUCCUGCAAUUAUACAAUUUCCUGAGUUUAUAUCUGGCAAUUCUGAGAAGUCAGAAUUGUGAGUUUUUGUAUCACAAUUAUGACUAUUUCUCAGAAUUGUGAGUUUGUAUCUCGCUAUUUCAACUUUUUUCUUAUGGUUGCAAGUUUAUAUUGCAAUUCUGACUUUAUAAAUUGCAAUUGUGAGUUUAUAUCUUGCAGUAAUGAUUAAAAGGCUGAAUUGUCAGUAUACGUCUUGCAAUUAUGACUGUUUCUCAGAAUUGCAAUUCUGACUUUUUUCUCGCAAUUGUGAGUUUAUAUGUUGCAUUGCAAGAUAAAGUUGCAAUUACUUUUUUUGUAUUUUUUUAUUCAGUGGCGGAAAUAGGCUUCCAUAGUUAAUGAAUCAAUAUAUAAAUGUAAAUGUACCAUGAAAAGGGAACAGCUUUAGUUUCCCGGUUUGCUCUGCUAUGGAAUGUGCUGUCAAUACCAUGUUAUUCUCAAUUCAUCUGUGAAUAUUUAAUCUUUUUGUAAUCUUUGUUAUAUACUAGGCUGUACAUACAGUAUAUAUAAGGAGGGGGCGAGACGGCGUCGUAAGAGGGUCACGAACGCCCCCUCGUCCGAUUCGCAUCCGUAUAUUCUCGUUGGGAAGCAGGCGUGGAGGUUGGACAUGCAUCCGCUGUGCUGAACACUGAAUCUGUGUUUUCGCUUCACUUGCCUAUAUCUAUUUUUCUUUUUUGUAAGAUGCACUGAAAUAAUGCAGACUUUUGACGAACGGUUCCGGAACAUAGACGUGUAACUGGUCACUUUAUAACGAACGAAACUUAGACUAUAUUAGAGUAGGAAUUGCAUUAUUUGUUAGAAACCUGUAUGUAAUGUUAUUAUGGAAGAUGUAAUGUCCUUCUGUAAAUGUUGUUUAUUGUUGUUUUACCUGAAACAAAUAAAGUUUAUUAAUGCUUCAAACCAA